AUGUCUAUGAAAGAAGAGCAACAGCAACACCAGCAGCAACCACAAGAUAAGAAGAAAUCUUCUGAGAAAAAGAGAAGGUUUCAUUCUAAGUCUAGGUCCGGCUGCCUGACGUGCAAGAAGAGAAGAGUCAAGUGUGAUGAGACAAGACCAUCUUGCAAGAACUGCAUCCGAAUGAAAUUAGUCUGUGGAUACACCGAGUUUGCCGGCAAAGAAAAUGAAGAGCCUUCAUCGAAGAAGAUGAGAGUCAAGUCGGAGGAAAGAGACCUGAUAUCUUCAACUACUUCAGCCUCAUCUCAGGAGCGUUCGUUUUCAAAUCCGGAAACUCAACAGGCAACUCCAGACAAGACACCGCCACCUAACCUAUCAAACAACAUCAAUGGAGUUCCUGCCUUGGCGGCCACCGCCUUGGGUGCGGGCUUACUCAAUGCUGGUAAUCUUAAUAACAUAAAUUUGAGCCAUCUCGUCAAUAACUUGAGUAAUUUGGGUGAUUUGAGCAGUUUGGGCAACGUUGCUAAUCUCAGCUCGUUGGCAGUCUUAGCACAACUCCCCAUCGAUUUGAGUGGUCUUUCCAACCAGUUUGCCGGAGGAUUCGAUGGGUCGAUGGGUAACGCAAACGGAAACCUUCAAGGUAAUGCACGCAUAAACCAAUCUGCCCCUAUGCCGCAGCAAGCAAUCCCAUCACAAGAAAAACCGCCUAUAAGUCAUGUGCUGCCUGGUAUAUCUCCAAAUGUUUCUAAUUCACCCUUACCCAACCCGAUGAGCAUGCCAUCAACAGGUACAAGCCAGCUCAAUAUGCUUGAUCUAAGACUUAUGUAUCACUACACUAGCCAGGUUUCCAACACGAUUACUGGCGCUGGUAUCUCUGAUACAGACAUUUGGAACCACGAUGUGCCAAUGCUUGCUUUCCAAUACCCGUUUUUAAUGCAUGCCAUUUUGGCUUUCAGCGCAACGCAUCUAUCUAAGACAGAGAAAGGUUUAGACCAAUGUGUCACUAGUCAUAGAGGUGAUGCUUUAAGGCUCUUGCGUGAAGCUAUCUUGGAUAUCAACACGAACAAUACAGAUGCGUUGGUCGCCAGUGCCCUUAUUCUUAUCAUGGACUCAUUAGCAAACGCGUCGGUGCCAUCGCUGACAUCGCCAAAAAGUCUACCGGCAUCAGCUUGGAUCUUUCAUGUAAAGGGAGCAGCCACGAUUCUAACAGCUGUGUGGCCCCUCACAGAGGCGUCUAGGUUCUACAAGUUCAUUAGUGUUGAUCUUGGUGACUUGGGAGAUAUCAUAAACGAGAAGAGUCAGCUCACGUCGCUUCAGCUGAAGUCAUUUGCUGAUCUCGAGUGUCAUGAUAGCGACAUUGCUGACUUAUAUCCGGUGCUGAUAGACUCCCCAUACCUAGUCACUCUCGCAUACCUAAAUAAGUUGCACAAGGAAAGGUACAAGGCAGACUUCAUAUUGCGUAUUUUUGCUUUCCCAGCAUUAUUGGACAAGGACUUUUUAGGCUUAUUGAUGGCCGGAGACAUCAAGGCCAUGAGGAUCAUGAGAUCGUAUUAUAAGUUAUUGAGGUCCUUCACCACGGAGAUGAAGGACAAGGUUUGGUUUUUGGAGGGUGUUUCACAGGUGUUGCCUGUGGACGUUGAGGAGUACGCUGGCGGUGCCGGCGGGAUGCACAUGAUGCUUGAUUUCUUGGGAGGCGGGCCAUCUAUAAUCGAGGAUCAUGAGGUUGACAAGGAUCUCUCCAUGAUCGAUCCGGAGGGGCAUAUUGCAAAGAAGCUCAUUGAUACGAAUAAUCUACCCAGCGAUAUCACGAGCAACUUGGACAUCAUGCAAGGAGACAAUGGGUUCAUUGGGUCUAACGAUAUUUGA